AUGCGCAGCAACAGAUUCGCUGAUCCAAUUCUUAUCGUGCAGAAAUCCUUCGAGGAUGUUGUUAUGAAAGGCCUUGCCAGUGAUGGUGGCCUGUUCAUCCCCGAGGAGAUUCCCUCUCUGCCCGAGAACUGGGAGAGCUGGGCCGACGCUAGCUUCGAGGACCUCGCCUUCAAUAUCAUGUCCCUCUUCGUCUCACCCGACGAGGUUCCCUCCGACGAUCUCAAGGAUAUCAUUAAGCGUUCAUACUCUACAUUCGACCACCCCGAACGGACCCCCCUGGUCGAACUCGACCCCGAGCAAAACCUCUUCCUGCUGGAACUUUGGCACGGGCCUACCCGGGCGUUCAAGGAUGUCGCUCUUCAAUUUCUCGGAAACCUGUUCGAAUACUUCCUGAAGCGUGAGAACGUGGGUAAGGUCGGCAAGGACCGACACCACCUUACUGUUGUUGGUGCGACUUCCGGCGACACUGGCUCUGCAGCCAUUUACGGCCUCCGCAAUAAGAAGGACACUAGUGUCUUCAUCCUCUUCCCCAACGGAAAGGUGUCUCCCAUCCAAGAGAAGCAGAUGACCACCGUCCUCGACCCCAACGUGCACAACUUGACCGUGGAGGGAUCAUUCGAUGACUGCCAGGACAUCGUCAAGGCCCUGUUCGCCGACCCAGAUAUCAACUCCACCCACAGUCUUGGAGCGGUCAACAGUAUUAACUGGGCCCGUAUCCUCGCUCAGAUCACCUACUACUUCUACUCUUACUUUUCUCUGAAGAAGAAGGCCACCAGCUUCAACAAGGACAAGAAGGUCCACGUUGUGGUGCCCUCUGGAAACUUCGGUGAUAUCCUUGCCGGAUAUUUCGCGAAGAGCAUCGGCCUCCCCGUCGAGAAGCUCACCAUCGCCACUAACGAGAACGACAUCUUGGACCGCUUCUUCCGCAGUGGUGGCCACUAUACCAAGAAGGCCCUGGACGCAUCCUCCGAGGCCGUCAAGGAGACCCACAGCCCUGCGAUGGAUAUUCUAGUGUCAAGCAACUUCGAGCGUCUGCUGUGGUUCCUGGCUUUCCAGACCGACAGCGCAAGCACCGCAGAGGAGCGUCGCCAACACGCUUGUGAGAGCGUCACCACUUGGUUGAAUCAGCUCAAGUCUCAAGGCGGAUUCCAAGUUCCCGCUGCUGUGCUCGAGGCUGCCAAGGUGGACUUUGAGAGCCACCGUGUCAGCAACGAGGACACCAUCUCCACCAUCCGCAGCGUUUACAAGACCUGCUUCCCCAAGAACGGUCCUAGCAGUGCCAAGAGCUCCAAGACUGGUGGAUACAUCCUUGACCCCCACUCUGCCGUUGGUAUUGCGGCCUCCAAGCGCUCCAUUGAGCAGUACCCCGGCGCCUACCACAUCUCCCUGUCCACCGCUCACCCCGCCAAGUUUGCUGGUUCGGUUGACCUGGCAUUGCGCUCUGAGGACGGCUAUGUCUUCCAGGAGAUUCUGCCCAAGGAGUUUAUUGGUCUUGAGCAGCGCGAGAGCCGCGUCACCCCGGUCCCUGCCGGUGCUGGCUGGGAGGGUGUUCGUGAAAUCGUGAAGGCUGAGGUUGAACAAGAGCUGCAGGGUCAACGGUAA